GGGAGCUUGAUUAAGGAAAAAUAAUUGGUUUGGGAGCCAACCACGCUCAUGCGUGACAAAGUGUCUUUAAGAUUUGAACAUUUUGAACGACUUAAAGCGUGAAAACAACGCGUUUGGUGUCGACGCUCCGGUGAAACAUGUCGAUCUACAGGGGCAUCGGCGGCGAUCAGUACAUGAGGAAACAGAUACCAAAGAAUGCCAAGUAUCAACACAUCAAAACUAAACUGGACACGGGGGUUAGCCUCACCAAGUAUUUGGAGCGCCUGGAGGAGAUAAAACAACAUUACAAGUUCAACAAAGGUGAAAUCUUCAAGCGCUUUAAAGUGACAACGUUUGCAGAGUUGAUACUUCAGGUGGCAUCAGUGUCGGACUUGAAUGAAUGUGUCAGCGAUGAUUUGUGUCACAGCCUUCAUGAUGACGGGAGCGGUGACGGUAGCAUGAUGGUGGCGAAAGCAGACUCGCAUGCCAGGCAUGUCAAUGGCUCACUGGAGACGUCGGAGCCCAAGGAUGCGGGAAUGGAACACACCCAGACCAUGAGGUCCACAUUGCUAAGCGUCAUCAACGGCGUUGGCGAGCUGAACAUGAACGGCGACAAAGCAAAGGCCCCCGAUGAGGAUGUGAACACGGACACUGAAAAGCCCUAUCCAGAUUGUCCCUACCUGUUGCUGGAUGUGCGUGAGCGCGAACUCUACGAUCAGUGCCACAUAAUCUCAGCUCACAGCUUUCCCAUCGCCACGCUGUCUCGCUCCAUGAACCCUUAUACCAAGGAAGUGCUGGAAUAUAAAAACGCCGAGGGUAAGAUCAUCAUCGUGUAUGAUGAGGAUGAGCGCAUCGCCAGCCAGGCGGCGACCAGCAUGUGCCAGCGCGGCUUCGAGAACCUCUUCUUGCUCAGCGGCGGUCUCAAGGUGAUCGCUCAGAAGUUCCCCGAGGGCAUGACGACGGGCCCGCUACCCGCCUCCUGCCUCCCCCCCACCGUGCUGUCUAAGUGGAAGAAGGGCGUCCCGCCGCCACCGCCGCAGCCGUUCAUGCAGGUGGCGGUCCAAAGAUGGAGGUUCACCCCCGACGAGCUUGCCAGGAUCGAAGGCCAACUGGAGAACUUCGUCAUGAUGGGCAGCAGUCGCGCAUCCAGUCGCAUGUCGACAUCCAGCAGUUUGCCGAAAGUGGGCAGCGUCCGGAGCAGCCGCUUGGCUUCCUCCGCCUCUUCGGUGUCCUCCAGGGACAGCGGACGAAUUCACAGGCCUUGGAAAUGAACGCGCUACUAACACCGCCUUCUUGGUGCUCCUCUGUAGUCGUAUCCCCUCCUUUGCCUAACAUUUGAAUGUGUUUGCACAGGAGUGUCUUUUUACACUCCAAUGAAGGGUCAGUGGAUCAUGGUCAUUUUUUUUUCGAAUUUUUAUUCAUAUUUAACGUGUAAAGCAAAAGGCACAUUGAAUGCUGCAUUUUUGUGAAUUUCAUCACAAUACAUCUUCAUGAUCAUCGUAAACUCAAAUGUGUGUGGGUGUGUGCGCGCGUGUGGGUGCAUGUAUGUGAAUGUGCAUUGUGAGUGCCGCUCUAGGUUAUCUGACCAGAAGUGACUUUUUUUUUUUCUUCUAAGUGACCUUUAAAUAAAAUGUGUUUGCUGCAAUUCUUCUGUGGCUGUUUUCUUAUUUCCCGAAAUCUUUCCAGGUAAAUAUGUCAGCAGCUAAAUUGAAGUAAUAAAUGGUUAUGAAUACUAUUCAUAU